AUGGCCUAUCAUGGCCUCUUUCUCGUUGUUAUCAUUGCCGCCUUUCUUAUCAACAGAAUCACAAAGUAUAUUUCAGCGAGACGAUUUCAAAAAGAACAUGGCUGCAAGCCAGUUCACAGAGUACCUCAACGCGAACGUAUCAUAGGAUGGGACAUGUACAAGAUUCAAAUCAAUUCAUCCAAGCAGAAAAUAAGGCUGAAAACCGGAUUCGAAAGAUACAGAGACAAUGGACAUACUUUCGUUUUAUCGAUGAUGGGAUUCAAUUUCUACAACACCAUCGAACCGGAAAACAUCAAGACACUACUAUCAAUCAAGUUCAAGGACUAUGACUUGGGAGGAAGACGGGUAGCUUUUGCACCCCUUCUCGGUGAAGGAAUUUUUACCACAGAUGGGGCACAGUGGGAACAUUCAAGGGCUUUAGUACGACCAAAUUUCAACAAGUCUCAAGUAGCAGAUCUCAACAUCUUUGAAAAACACGUCCAAAUACUCUUCUCACAGAUACCUCGAAAUGGAGCAACAUUCGAUCUUCAGACAUUGUUCUUCAAAUUGACUCUUGACACGGCUACAGACUUCCUUUUUGGUCAAUCAGUUCAUUCACUCACCAGUAUUAAGGGCUCCGAACAACAAAAUUUUGGAUCAUCGUUUGACCUCGGUCAAAUGAAAGUAGAGAAAAGAUUCUCAAUGGGCAAGCUAUCAAGUUUCAUGCGAGAUUCUGAAUUUGAUGAAGCAUGCAAAACCGUACAUUCAUUCGUCGACAAAAUCGUCCACGAUGCGCUAUCUAGAAUUGAUGCGAAAGAAGAAAAGGCCGUAGAAGGCGAUGGAGCCGGUAGAUACGUUUUCCUUACAGAGAUGGUAAAGGCAACAAAAGAUCCUAAACAGUUGAGAGAUGAAUUACUUAAUAUUUUACUCGCUGGUCGAGACACAACUGCAAGUUUACUCAGCAACACUUUCCAUGUUCUUGCGCGCAGACCGGAUAUUUGGGAGAAGUUACAGGCUGAGGUUGACGAACUGGGUGGCGAAAAACCAGAUUACGAGACGAUGAAGGGAAUGAAGUAUAUGAAAUACGUUCUAAAUGAAUCCCUCCGUCUCUACCCUGUCGUCCCAGCCAACGCCCGUUUCGCCGCCCGCGAUACCGUUCUCCCUGUUGGCGGCGGCUCAGAUCGCAAAUCUCCAAUAUUCAUUCCUAAAGGAUCAGCCGUCGCAUGGUCAACCUACACUAUGCAUCGCCGAACAGAUAUAUACGGUCCCGAUGCAGAGGAAUUCCGACCAGAGCGUUGGGCCCCCGAAGAAGGAUUACGACCCGGUUGGGGAUAUCUCCCAUUUAAUGGCGGACCGAGAAUCUGUGUAGGACAACAAUUUGCGCUUGCGGAAGCGAGUUAUACGAUUGUGAGACUGUUGCAAGAGUUUGGAGGGAUAGAAGAUAGAGAUGGGACCGUGUGGGGAGAACAGCUUGCGUUGACGCUUUGUAGUGCGAAGGGCGUACAGAUUGGGUUGAUUUCUAGGUAG